AGAAGGGUGAGUAGGGUAAGAAGGGAAAAUAAUAUAAAAGAAUAAGAAAUUAACACGAACGUUCGUUUUCUGGGACUGUGAACUUAGUUCAAAUUCCAAACGUUGAACUAUGAACAUGAACUAUUGCAUGUUUAAUCUCUCUGAACUUUGAGCUAGCUAUGAGUCUGAGUGUGAACUUCCACAACACUCAGACUCUGGGGUUGGUUUACAAGCUGGGAGCUGGGUGUUUCAGAUAAGGAAGUGAAGUUUAUGAGCAGGAAUUACAGGGGAGUCAAAACUUACAGUCAGUCAACAUUCAGUCAUUGGCUGCUGAUGGAAGUGCAAUGGCGCAGCAAAAGUCUCUCCUGGACCGGGACAGAUACUGCUGUUCAAUAUGUCUGGAUCUGCUGGGUAAUCCAGGGACUCUCGCUUGUGGCCACAGCUACUGUUUGGACUGUAUCAGACAACACUGGGACAAUCAGGCUUUGCAGGGAGUCUACAGCUGUCCCCAGUGCAGACAGACCUUCAAAACAAGACCAGAUGUGGCAAAGACCACCGUUCUAGCCGAUGUCAUGGAGGAUCUCAAGGGGACACAACUGCAAGACACUCCCCCUGACCACUGUUAUGCUGGACCUGAAGACGUGGGCUGUGAUGUCUGUACGGGGAGGAAGAUGAAGGCCAUCAAGACCUGUCUGGUGUGUCAGGUUUCUUACUGUGAGGAGCACCUCCAGAGUCACUAUCUAGUCGCUGGGUUGAAGAGACACAAGCUGGUGGAACCAGCAGCCGACCUUCAGGACAACAUCUGCCCCCGUCACAACGAGGUCAUGAAUAUUUUUUGCCGCCAGGAUCGACAAGCUAUCUGUCAUUUGUGUUUCCUUGAUGAACACAGAAGCCACGACACAGUUUCAGCCGAAGCUGAGAGAAAUGAACGUCAGAAGGAGCUCAGCGGAUAUCAGAGAGCUACACGGGCGAGAGUCAAGGAGGUUGAACAAGACCUUGAGGUUCUUCAACAGGAGAUGGACUCCAUCAACCGGUUUGCUGAUGAAGCAGUUAGACAUGCUGAUGAGAUGUUUGUUGACCUUAUCCGUUCCGUUGAGAGACGGAGGUCUGAAGUCACAGCAGAGACUAGGACUGAGCAGGAAGCUGGACUCAAGCGGGUCCGGGACCUGAGGAAGAGCCUGGAGCAGGAGCUGGUCCAGAUGAAGGGGAGUGGAGCUGACCUGGAUCGUCUCUCCCAGACACAGAGUCACAUCACCUUUCUACAGAAAUACCCCUGGAACUAUUCUAUCAGGAGGUCCACAGCCCGACCCACCAGAGACGUCCGUACAACACAGCGCUUCAACAACGGAACUGUGGCUCUCGCAGAGAUGAAGGAUAAACUGGCACUAUUUCUCGAAGACGACAGCGCCCAGCUUUCACUAGCAGAGGCUCCGGUGGAAGUCUUACCCUCUGAACAGCUGCACACCAGAGCACAAUUAUUAACAUAUUCAUGUGAAUUGAGCAUUGACCCAAGCACCACUCGCCUACUUCUGACUCCAGGUGACCGAGGAGUAACACAACGAGGCGGGACAGCAGGGGGGUGUCGGAGUAAAGAGAGUCUGACUGGACGGCAUUACUGGGAGGUGAAGUGGAAAGGGUUUGUCACUAUCAACGUGGGAUACAAGGACAGCUCAUGGGAUCAUCAAGGGUUUGGAAAAGACAGCCAAUCUUGGGCUUUGAUUAUUCAGCCGAAUACUGUACAAUUUCAACAUGACAGAAUCCCCAUUCGUAUCCUAGGCCCUCCGCCCUCCAGAGUAGGGGUGUACCUGGACUACAGCUCCGGCACUCUCUGUUUCUACAGCAUCUCUGACACCAUGACUCUGCUCCACAAGGUCAAGACCACAUUCACAAAGCCCCUCUAUGCUGGACUUUGGCUGGAUGGUCUCUGGCUGGUUGGUCUAAGAACUGGUGGCACUGCAGAGUUCUGCUACCUACGAAACUUGUAGGUCAACACAUGAUGCAGUGUUAUAAACACAGUGUUAACCUCUAGAGCUAAAGGGUUAACACAUGAUGCAGUGUUAUUAACACUGUGUUGCCUUCUACAGCUAUAGUUUAACACAUGAUGCAGUGUUAUAAAUACAGUGUUACCUUCUACAGCAGGGGUCGGCAACUGGCGGCCCGUGGGCCAUAACUGGCCCGCAAGAAGUUAUAUAUUCGAUAUUCUAAAAAAGUUAUAUUUUUAGAAUAUCGAAUAUCCAUAUCUGUUAGCUUAAAGGUAAAGGGCCGGAUACAGUGAACUUUUUUUUCUUUCACAACCGUUUUUGAAUUUAAAUGCAUCAAAUCCUGCUACUACUCCCGGAAGACACACUCGUCAUCACGGUCAAGCGUAAGCUGCGAGGGGCUGAGCGGGAGUUAUUGGAAACUAUGCAAAAUUAAAUGAAACCCCCCCGCCUAUGGCCUGGCUAUAUACAAUAACCAUGGCGACCCAACAUCACGUAUUUUUGUGUGAUACUGCGCGCAGAGAAAGGCAGGAGCUGUUGACAAAAGUCCACAAAAGAUUUAAGACGCGAAGCUCUGAGACUUUGCUGUUUAACGCAAGUACAGUCUCUGAUGAGGCUACUUCGCCUACAGCUAGCUUCUAACGCUGAGUAGGCUAGGAACCGAUGUUUGUGUGUGUGCGCAGUCAGCACCCGCCAUGGUGUGCGUGUAGAUGUGCGUGUGUGGGCGCGCAGUCAAUCAGCACCCG